GAUGCGGAAGUGGCUUUGCUUGUAUUCAGUUGCUGCUGCGGGUUAUUUGGCUUCCUUCUAAUUCGUUUUAUUGUCUUUCACCGCAAGGUUACCAAAUGUGUGACAGUUUGAAUUUUUCGUCAUAAGAGAAGUUUUAAGAACUUCGUUCAAAUUACACGGGCGUUUUUUUUAAGCAGGUUUCCAUGCAGUCUGCUACAAUGACCACCAUCGUCCAUGACACCACAGAGGCGGUGUGCCUCUCUGCUGAGUACAACAUGUACUUGAAGCCCAUUGCCAAAAUGACCAUCAGUGUGACGCUCCCUCAACUCAAACUGCCGGGAAAGAGCAUUUCCAACUGGGAGGUAAUGGAGAGGGUAAAGGCCAUGGUGGUGCCUGACCAGUUUUCAGCCCUGCGGGUCUCUAAGAGCACCAUGGACUUCAUUCGCUUUGAGGGGGAAGUGGAGAACAAAAUGGUUGUUAAGAGUCUGUUGAGCCGCCUGGAUGGGAAGAGCAUCAAACUCAGUGGAUUUACUGACGUGUUGAAGGUUCGUGCAGUGGAGAACAAAAUGGACUUCCCGACAAGGCACGACUGGGACUCGUUCUUUCGAGAUGCCAAAGACAUGAAUGAGACUCUACCGGGCGAGCGGCCGGAUACCAUUCACCUGGAAGGGCUGCCCUGCCGCUGGUUUAGCCAGAAACAAAGCGGCUUCCCUGAUCGUCCGUCAGAAGAGGUCCUCAUCGCUGUCUUCCAGGCAUUUGGCCAGGUGCGAAAUGUGGACAUCCCCAUGCUGGAUCCAUACAGGGAGGAGAUGCUGGACAAGAACUUUAACACCUUUAGUUUUGGGGGCCAUCUGAACUUUGAGGCUUAUGUCCAGUAUCACGAGUAUUGUGGCUUCACCAAGGCCAUGGACACGCUGCGUGGCAUGAAGCUGAUGCUGAAAGGAGAUGAUGGAAAGGCAGUCGCCUGCAACAUAAAGGUGGCGUUUGACACUACCAAGCAUCUCGGUGAGUCAGCUGUGAAGAAGCGAAACCUGGAGAGGCUCAAGCUGCAGGAGUUAGAGAAGCAGCGAGAGGAGCAGAAGCGGCGGGAGAAGGAAGAGGAGGAGCGACGUAAAGAGCAGGAGCGGAAACAGAAGGAGCAGGAAGAGGAGGAGCGGGAGAGGAAGAAGGAGGAGAAGCAGCGGAAGCGCGAGCAGAAGCUGCAGGAGAGAGAGGAGAGGAGGAACAUGAAGAGGGUGAAGAAGCAGCAGGAGGAGGAGCAGAAGAAGCUUCAGAUGAAGAUCGCCAUGGAGGAAAGGAGGCUUCUUCUGGCUCAGCGGAACCUGGAAUCCAUCCGGCUGAUUGCUGAGCUGCUGGCCAGAGCAAAGGCUGCCAAGCAGCAGCAGCAGGAGAAGGAGCGUGCCGAACGCGAGGAGCAGGAAAGGCAAGAGAAGGCUCGACAGGACGAGGAACGCACCCGACGCCAGCAGCUGGAGGCUUGCCGGCGCAAGCAGCAGGAGGAGCUCCUCAAGGUGGAGCUGGAGAAGGAACGGGCCCUCGACCUCCAACGCAGGGAGAAGGAGCUGAGAGAGAAGCUGCUAUCCAACAUGUUGAAGAAGCGCAGCGAGAAGCCCGUAAGACCUCCUGACACGCAGGAGCAGGUCAAUGCUGGGGGGAGCGAGGAGACCCCGGAUCUUGCCAGGGAGAACGUGUCCCUGGUGGUCCUGGGCCAGGUGAAUGGCGUGAAGGCAGCAGAGGGCAAACAGAAAAUGAUAUCCAAACCUUCUGAAAUUUCAGGGAAAGGGAGAGAGACAAAGGAGAGAAAAGGAGGUGAUGGUGUGAAAAAGAAUAAGGAGGAGAAGAGGAAAGAGGAGGUGAGAAGCAGGCACAGCGAGGAGCGUGACAGGAGCUCCAGGAGCCGGGGGAAGAGGCGGCACUCCAGCGCCGGCAGAAGGAGAAGGAGCGCCAGCCACCGCAGGACCUCUAGCCGUCACAGGAGAAGCGACAGUCUGCACCGCAACAGGAGGCAAAGCAGCAGAAGCACAAGUUCCAGCCGCGACAGGAGCAGGAGCAGCGGCGGGAGGAGCUACAGCAGGGGAAGGAGCCGCAGGCACAGUCGCCGUAGAUACAGCAGAGGCAACUCCAGGAGCAGCAGCAGGAACAGGAGUCGCUACAGUCGAGGAUACAGGAGACGCAGCUACAGUAGAGACAGGAGUCACUCCAGAAGAUGAACAUGCUCCUCUACGCCCUCUUCACACAUUUCAACUGCCCACUUCUUCUUCUUCACCACGAGGUUCCUCAAAUUUCAGCCUUUGGUUCCUUCUUGAAUUCAAAUGAACACGGUAUUUCAAAGACACCGGAACACCUUGUGCAUCGUUGCUAACACAAGCGUACAUGUACAUUGUUAGUACUCCAUUCCACACUCACUUGGCAUUGUAUUGGAUACAUCAUUAAACAACUGUAAUGUAUAAUCAGUCCAAGAAAUCCACCAGACUAAAAAACAUGGGAAGAAAUGCUUAAAUAGACUUAAAUGUGAACAGUUGGCAUGGGUUUGAUUCUCUGCCAGUGCACCAUUGCCUAGCCACUACCAGUCCCAAAUCAUGAUUGGGGAAGAAAAAGAGUGAUUUGCAUCAAGAAGGGCAUUUAAUGUAAAAACUGUGGCGACCCCUCACGGGACAACAACAAACACCAUAACAUGAUUUAAGGCUAAUAUACCAGUGGAUUUGUCUUUUCCUCUCAUGAUCAUUUAACUGCAUUUGUGCAUUGAAUACAAGCAAAUAGUUCAUCUGCAUUAGUAACCUUUUAAGGUUAAAACAUCAGAUAUUUAACUCAUAUUAAUACACUUGGAGCACCUACUGUGUUUAGAAAUAGUGCACAUCAACGCCCCGGGACCACUUCAGCUGCUACUGAAGGCUGGGGGGGAGAAACGAACAACUUGGAUGCUGCUCCUAUACAAAUGUGAACUGACACUUGGAGACUUUUCUCAGCUGCCUCAAAUAUUUGUGAUCAUACUUUUAAGUAGCCCAAGAAGAAAACUCAGGAUUUACAAACACAGCAAUGACUCUUAAAUGGUUUGACCACAUUUGUAUUUCCCCAAAAGCAUUUCUUUAUUUUAUUUUAUUAUUUUCUUCUUUAAAAAAAAAAAAUUGUUUUUUUAGCUUUUCUGAAUGUUCGAAAGCUUUCUUGUGACUAAGAGAGAACAGACUUGCUUUAUGUGACUAAUGAAAGACUUGUGAGAUUAAGGCUCAGCAGAAAGAGCGAUUACCUUCAGGAGCUGAUUAAGCAAGUGGCACAGAUUCCACAACGGUAGGAAUGAAAGAACUCUCGGCCUUGCCUUCAUGCUAACUUCGUAGCUCUUGAUAAGGAUGCUAGUGAGUCAAGACAGUGCUUUUAGCUGGGUUAGAGGUUUUGGAUUUAUCAAAUCUGUACUGUACGGUCUCCUGGAGCAUGUUCACCACAAGGCAGUGACAAUAAAAUUUCCAGGCUUUGUAUGAUUA